CGCCCCUCCCCCGUGACGUCAUAGGCAGGGCCCGCCCCCCCCCGUCGCCCCCGGGCUGCUGUUAUCGCAGCAGCUCCUCAGCGCCCCGGAAGCUGUCCCUUCUCGGGGGUCAUGAUGGGCAGCAAGAUGGCGUCUGCCAGCAGGGUCGUUCAGGUAGUCAAGCCACAUACUCCAUUAAUAAGGUUCCCUGACAGAAGAGACAAUCCUAAACCCAAUGUAUCAGAAGUUUUGAGAUCAGCAGGACUACCGUCUCACUCUUCGUCAGUUUCACAGCAUUCUAAGGGAAGUAAAUCACCAGAUUGGCUGAUGUAUCAGGGUCCACCAGACACUGCAGAAAUAAUAAAAACAUUACCUCAGAAAUAUAGAAGGAAACUCAUGUCACAAGAAGAAAUGGAAUUUAUCCAGCGUGGAGGUCCAGAAUAAUCACUGACGACGUGGCUGCUAGUUUGUCGUCAGACAAAAGAAGUCUUUACAGUGAAGGACUUCCAAAAUGACAAAUGAGAAAUUGUACAUUAAACAACUUUAAUAAAUAUUCUGUAAAAACAUGAAAUAUCGAAAAUUUAGAUGGACGCCUGUAUCUCCUAAUUUAUGUAUCUUGGUAAGCUUCUCCACAAGCUUACCUAAUUGUUUAUAUACUUAUUAAAGUAUAUAUUUUUAAAUGUUAGCCUAUUAAUUUACUCUUGAUUAUCAAGUAUUACCAGUGUUGAACGAUUAAAAGCACACAAUGUCUAGUAAACUAUCAGGUUUCCCAUAAUUUCACUUUCUUUUCAGUUUCUGUUAAGACACAGAAAGAAUUUUUCAGGCAAAAUUCCUGCUUUCAGUAACUGCUUUUCCUGAAAUUGGAUGAGGAUCAGUGAAAUAAUGACUCCAUUAUUUGCUGUGUUAAUUCUCUUAAUGUUUUUCAUUCACAAAGUUAUGGAGUCUAACUGGCUUAAUAAGCAUAUCCUACUCUAAAUGAUAAAAAUAUAGGCAAAGUAAAACAAGUGACUUUGUGUUAUUAAGACUGGGGAGUUAAAAAGUUAUUUGUAACCUAUAUUCAGAAAAAAAUGUCAGUAUGAAAUGGAAAAUAAAUUAAGAGAUCAAGUGAAUAUAACAUAGGAAUAAAUGGA